AUGUGUGCUAUAUCCAAGAAACUCGCAUUUAAGACUAGCUCCACCAUCCGAUUGACAUCCAAAGCAAAUCCAUCCGCGAAGUUUCAAUUGCGUCUUUCUGGGGACCCUGAGACUGCGGCUUCUAGUCUUGAUGACGCCGAGGUGGCUCUCAGUGAGAAAGUCGAAGCCGCACUCCUAGUUUGGAUCCCAGUCGAGAGGAGCUUGUUCCUGGCGUUAAUCACCCUGAUCGAGGAAAGUUGUGCUGUGAUGGUCGUACUCGCUCUGGGUUUGCGAUAA